AUUUUUUAAAAUAAAGGAUUUUCUACUUUCCGGUAGCGUUAAAAAAAUGAUACAGGAAAUAGAAUCUCAGGAAUCAGAUGCUCUUUCUGAGGUGGUUAAAAAGGCAAAGGAUGUUAUAUAUUGUGGAGUAUGUUCUUUUCCUCCCGAGUACUGUGAAUAUGGAAACUUUACUGAUAAAUGUAUGGAAUGGCUCAAGAAAAAUCAUACGGAACUUUAUAUUCGACUUUAUUCUGGAGAUUCUCUGAUUAUAGAAAAACAAAAUACAAUAUCUGAAGAGAAAGAGAAAAUUGAUGAAAAUGAUAAAAUUCAAACAAAGGAAAAGAUAAAAGGUUUAAAGAAAACGAAAAAAAAUACGGUUUCGAAAGUACUUCUUAGAAGACUUGAAAGAAAUAGAAAGAAAUAUGUCAUUUCUGUUCAAGGAUUAGAGUUAUAUGGAAUUGAUGUUAAGAAAGCAGCAAAAUUGCUUGGUAAAAAAUUUGCUACAGGAAGCAGUGUAACAAAAAAUGGUUGUGAUGUAGAUGAACUUGUUAUUCAAGGUGAUUAUAUUGAUGAAAUAUACGCUUAUAUUCUUGAAACAUAUCCAGAGAUAUCUGAGGAGGAUAUAGAGUGUUAUAAGGAUAAACAAAAAAAAAAGUAAAUAUAUC